AUGGCUUGGUGUGACCGUGGGGUUCAAACAUUGUUGGCUACCGUAGGGGCUUUCGCGGCUUUCAGUCUCAUGACCAUAGCCAUCGGGACGGACUACUGGCUUUACUCACGGGCGUACAUUUGCAACGCCACCAACGCUACCACUGACGAGGCACAGCCGCAACCCAAGAAGGCCAGGGGUGAUCUUACACAUUCGGGACUUUGGAGAAUCUGUUGUAUUGAAGGUAUCAAUCAAGGGAGCUGUUACCGUAUCAACCACUUUCCAGAUGAUAACGACUAUGACACAGACAGCUCGGAAUAUCUCCUGCGUAUUGUGCGUGCCUCCAGUAUGUUCCCCAUCCUCAGCACAGUCCUUCUGAUGUUUGGGGGGCUUUGUGUCGGGGUGGGGCGCAUCUACAGCAAGAGGAACAACAUCCUACUCAGCGCAGGCAUCCUGUUUGUAGCUGCAGGCCUGAGUAACAUCAUCGGCAUCAUCGUCUACAUCUCCAGCAACGCCGGCGACCCCAGCGACAAGCGCGACGAGGACAAGAAGAACACCUACACCUACGGCUGGUCCUUCUACUUCGGGGCUCUCUCCUUCAUCGUGGCCGAGACCGUGGCCGUGCUCGCCGUCAACAUCUACAUCGAGAAGAACAAGGAGUUCCGCUGGAGAGCCCGCCGCGACUUCAUACGCUCCCUAUCCUCGUCCUCGCCGUACUCCCGGAUACCGAGCUUCCGCUACCGCCGGCGAACCUCGCGCUCUAGCUCGCGCUCCCCCGAUGCCUCGCGGGAGAACUCUCCUGUGAUUGGUCUGAAGGGGCCUCAACCCCUGCCUGGAGGCCCGCUAGGGGAGCUGUCUAUGUACACUCUGACGCGGGAUCCGCAAAAGGGCGGCAUGGAGGAGAAUGCCUACAGCCCGGAACACGAGGACUCUGACUUCCUGCAAGUUCACAACUGCUUCCCCAACGACCUGAAGGAUGGGGUCAACCGGCGGACCACGCCUGUUUGA